ACACGUGCGGUAGCGCUUCUUAUAUUUUAUCAUUGUGUUUUUCCAUAUUUUCACACAAAAUGGACAAUAAAGUGGUCAUUAAAAGCGUUUGUAAACACAAACGCGAUGGGCCCCUCCCUACAAUUGUUAAAUUUCAGAAUGGAACUCUCGCCGGCAUUAGCGACCAUAAUGCCCAAUUUUGCGCACUGGUGGCGAAAGAGAGGAAACGCAAACGGGUCCUUGUUGCGGCAGGUCGCAGUAUUUAUACUGGCGAUGUGCAAGAAAACGAACUUUAUGAAACGUAUCUCUGCGUACGCAACAAAAAAACGAAUGAGGCCCACCUUAUGCCCGUGGCUGAGGCGCUGCUGUCCAACAAUGUCUACCGUGAAUUAGAGCAGCAAAAUAAGAAACCGUUGCUGGACAAAGAUCAUGCCAGCAAAAAGCUGCUGAAGGAGUUCGGCGGACGCAAGGGUUCGCGUUUUGCCUCUACCCGAGAUGCGAUGUCGGUCAAUAUGGAUAUGCUGCGCAAAGAUCUGGACGAGACAGUGCAAGAGUCAAUACAACCUGAUGAUUUUUAUGAUGACGAUACACUGGGAAAUAUAGAUAAUACGGAAUAUUUGGCCUCUAUAACGCCCAAAUUUGAUAAAAACGCCACCACUGUAAAAGAUAUCUACGAUGUAGAGGAUGUAGUCCCUCGCACUGUGCUCGAAAAAUUGGACAAGGAAGCCAAAGUGGUGUUUGCAACACCUCUAGAAAGUUUGCCCUUGGAAUCGGAAUAUUUGCGGGACGCCCUCAAGUGCAUACAGGCCAAGGAAAUUCCAUCCAGAAAGGAUUUCUUGAACAUAAAGCUAAUAAUGUUUAUGGAUGCCUUGCAAACACUCAUUUUAAUGCACAAACGACAAAUGAAAAAGGUGGAACUCUCACGCAUCAGCGAGUGUGUCGAAAAUGAUAUACGCCAACGUUUCGCAGACCCUCUGGUCGCCAAAUCCUUCACACGAACGGGCUAUACAAUCGAAAAAGCGCUUACCCAUUUUAUAGUGCUGGCGCUGCUUAUUAGCGAUAAUUUCGAGGUUAAUGUUAAUGUGCUUUCGAGCACUUUGCGUGUCUCCAAGAAGCGCAUUGUAACCUUCGCACACAUCGUAAAUGCGCGCCUCAAAUCCCGUUCAGAAGUGCUGAGCCUGCACCUUCCCAGCAAAAUGCCGCAUCUGCCGACUGGCGGCCGUUUUCGUCGUAAAAAGUAAUACAGUUGUAGUGAAAGAAAUGAUAAUAAAGAUAUCCUAAUAAUUUUAAGUUCUUAA